AUGUCACAGUUAUCACCCCACAAUAUCUUAUUGCGAGCAGGCAGGCCCUUGCAGUUUUUUGCGCGAUCGCGAGCUCUUCUUAGCACGUCUAGUCAGUUAGGCAAUGUGAAAUAUCCCCAAUCCACCGCAACGAAGCCAGAUGGAACAGAAGAAAGGUUGGUCUUUCCAUUUUUUUCCUGUCCCUUCGGAUCAACACAACCUCGAGAGCCUUUCGAUUCAGCAGUCAAGGAAUGGUUUGUCUCCCAAUCUAUAUCUGGUCUCGUUCUGGGAACAAACGAAGGAUUUUUUCUGACAUGUGAUCUCGGUAGGGGAGAACGUCUAAAUGAUAUCAACCUCAAUGCGCGACUACCGAGAAGCGUCCAGGCGCUAUACUUACGGCCGCUCCGGAGAAAGGCCGAAUAUGGCCUUCCGGUUUGCGACCUUCAGUUAAGAUCGUACAGCAUGCGGAACCUCGAGUUUUUCACGGAUUUUGCUAUUCGAGCUGCCUAUUACUUGAAACUCCCGGUCUCUGGUCCUGUACCCCUACCCAAAAUUACCGAGCGAUGGACUUUCCCUCGGAGUAAUUUUGUACACAAGAAGAGCCAGGAAAAUUUCGAACGCAUAACCCUUCGCCGAUUGAUUCAGAUUAAAGAUGGGAACCCCCAAGUUGUCCAAGCUUGGCUUGCCUUUGUCCGGAAGCAUGCAUUCUAUGGUGUUGGAAUGAAGGCAAAUGUCUGGGAGCAUGAAAGUAUCGAAAUUGCGAGAAACAUGGACCAAGCUCUUCCCGGGGUUGAAAAAAAUCUCGAGCUUCAUCCCUCACGGUUUGGCCGUCGUGAAAACAAAACAUCCGAGACAGGGGAAUCAUUGUCUGAGUUUUUGGGAAACGAGCGGUUAUCUUUAAACAAGGGACCACUGGCUGUUAGCAGCCGAUAG